UUAAUGAACACAGAUAUCUGUUUUCUAUGUAUUGAAACAGUUAUUCUUAAUAUGAGUUUAUACAUUUGUUACUAAACGCAUCGGACGAUAGAUAUUUGUAAUGUCAUUGUUAAGUCUUAGUUUUGAAUGGUUUGGUGGAUUUAAAUAUAAUGUCCGUGUUGCAACAACGCUAUUAAUUACAUUUUACGAAAAGUAAACUAUGCCAUUUAGUUUCCUUAAAUGUACUUAGCCCAGUGAAUGGAAAUAAAACAUGGUAGAUAGUAUUCUGACCGCUCAAUUAUAGCCCAACGUAAACUACCCUAAGGUGGGCAGAGCUUACAAACGACUGGAUUGGCAACUUCAGUUCGACCGAUAUGACAGUCAGUGAUAGAUGGCUAAAUCUGUUUAUAAAACAACGUUAUAAAUAAAAAUGUCUUCAUAUGUCGUGAAGUGGUGCAGAAGUUAUUCUGAUCAUUCCAAGGAUAGUAGGAUCACAUUUCACGUAAAAAGGGUCGGUUCGAGUAGCAGAUCAAAGAUGACGAUAGGUAAACGAGCGGUCACCGUGCUGGCAGCAAUCAUCAUCAUCGCUGUUGCGGUGCCUUGCUUCACUGCACAGCCACCAUCUGCCGAUGAAUCCAUUGCAAAGGACCGCGCUAUUCGACAAACUGUGCAAGCGCGAAAACGCAUCGCACAGACACCCAAAUGGGGCUUCUUCGGAACGAUUUUCCAUCUGAUUUUGGAGCAAGUCAACGACACAAAAAGCGCAUACAGUCAAAUAUCGGAUUUGGUGAAUGGGCAGUUUACGGACGAUCAGCCAGGAGUAACGGCAGCGCCGGACCCCGCCGACAAUGGAACUACACCAACGCCUAAAAUCUCUAGAGCCGAGUUCCUCAAAAUACUUGAACGUAAUUUGAAAGGCUUACAACGUCUUCGCCAGCUGGAGUGGAGGGAAGCUAAAAAGGAUUCGAUGGCAAAUAUGCAGAGGUACAAAGAAGAAAUAUUUGGCGGGAAAAAACCAAGGACGAGAUGAUAAUUACCUACCCUCUAAUAUGCAAUCAAGUCAUAGGUUUAAUUUAUUCUGAAUUAUUUUUAUCGUCAUCCAUAAGGUAAUGUUAUUUUAUUUUACGGUGUUGUAAAUAUAUUGUAAACCCUAA